AUGACAGCAGACACAAAGACAAUCGUUAAAGACUCGAAGAGUGGGAAGGAGUCUGUUUUUAGCAGAGACAUAUUGCGAAAUCACUUGUUGUCCCUUGCACAAGGACUAAAUACCGAGUUUGUCAGCAUUGAUGUGAUUCUUGAUAAAGUCGUCAGUGGUCUCCCCGAAAGCCUCACUGUUCAAGAACUGCUCGACUUGACAGCAGAAGUGAGUGCUUCCCUGACUACAGUCCACUACGAUCAUUCCUACCUGGCAGCAAGAGUGCUAGUUCGUCAUUUGCAAAAGCAAGUAUGUGGUAGUUUCUCAGAAAAUGUGAACCGAAUGAGACAAUAUCGUCCCUCGCAGUAUCGAAGUUUCAAAUCUCUCAUUGCAGCAGAUGUCCAUGAAAUUGUGAACAAACAUGCUGAUGUAUUGAAUAAAGCCAUCGAUUUUGAUAGAGACUUGGAGCUGGACUACUUUGGCUUCCGAACUAUGGAAAGAUCAUAUUUGCUGAAAAUGGAUGGAAGACCAUGCGAGACUCCUCAGUAUUUGUUUAUGAGAGUGGCCGUCGGGAUACACAAAGGUAAUAUAGAACGGGUUCUUGAAACAUACAGACUUAUGUCCCAAAAAUACUUCAUCCAUGCUUCGCCUACGCUGUUCAACGCCGGUACCGAAACGCCUAAUCUAUCCUCCUGUUUUCUUCUCGCAAUGGAUGGGGACUCUAUAAAUGGCAUCUUCAGAACAAUUCACAAGUCCGCCCUGAUUUCUAAAGCAGCUGGUGGAAUUGGAAUACACGUUUCAAACAUCCGUGCUGCCGGCUCUUACAUUUCUGGAACUAAUGGUACAUCCAACGGACUUGUGCCUAUGGUUCAAGUCUUCAACAGCACCGCAAAGUAUGUGGACCAAGGUGGAAAUAAACGACCAGGCGCUUUUUGCAUGUAUUUAGAGCCGUGGCAUGCGGACGUGUUUGAGUUUUUGGACUUGAGGAAAAACCAUGGAAAGGAAGAAACGCGCGCAAGAGAUUUGUUUUAUGCUCUGUGGAUACCAGAUUUGUUUAUGGAGAAGGUCGAGAAAGAUCAAGAGUGGUGCCUUUUUUCCGAGGAUCAAUCGCCUGGACUCAGUGACUCUUAUGGAGAUGAAUUCGUCAAGCUUUACAACAGGUAUGAACGUGAGGGUCGUUAUAUCCGUAAAGUGAGAGCCCAGAAACUAUGGCAUGCGAUAUUAGUUGCUCAGACGGAAACAGGGAACCCUUUCCUGCUGUACAAGGACGCCUGCAAUAAAAAGUCUAACCAGCAAAAUUUGGGUACCAUCAAGUCGUCCAAUCUCUGUUGUGAAAUCGUUGAAUAUUCAUCCAAUGAAGAGACAGCGGUCUGCAAUCUAGGCUCUUUGGCACUUCCUUCUUUUGUACACGAUAACAAGGGAGAAAGGAAGUUUGAUUUUAAAUUCCUCCAUGAUGUCUGUAAGACUCUGGCUCGGAAUUUGGAUACGGUGAUUGACGUGGGGUCUUAUCCUUUGCCGGAAGCUGAGGUUUCAAACAAAAGACACAGGCCAAUUGCUAUUGGUGUGCAGGGUCUGGCUGAUGUAUUUUUCAAGCUGCGAAUGCCGUUUGGUUCUCCAGAGAGCCGGAAACUAAACAUUCUCAUAUUUGAAACAAUCUACCAUGCAGCUUUAGAAACCUCAGCAGAGCUGGCCGAGAUAUACGGGCCGUACGAUUCCUAUGCCGGAUCUCCAAUCUCAAAAGGAGUCUUGCAGUACGAUUUUUGGAAUGCUAAACCAAGUGAUAUGUGGGACUGGGAAGGUUUGAAAGCUAAAAUUCAUCGUAAUGGUGUCAGAAAUUCCCUAUUGGUUGCGCUAAUGCCUACCGCCUCGACAUCGCAGAUCUUUGGCUUUACGGAAUGUUUUGAGCCGAUCACCUCAAACAUGUAUUCAAGAAGAGUUUUAUCGGGAGAGUUCCAGGUUGUGAACAGGUACUUGAUCGACGAUCUCGUGGAUCUGGGUCUGUGGGGCCCAGAAAUGAAAAACGAAAUCCUUCGAAUGGAAGGAUCCGUCCAAGCCAUCGAAAGCAUUCCUGCCGACACCAAGGAAAUAUAUAAAACGGUUUGGGAAAUUCAGCAACGGGCACUUAUAGAUAUGGCUGCAGACCGUGCUCCGUUCAUUGAUCAGUCCCAGAGCAUGAACCUAUUCAUGCGGAAUCCGACCAUGUCCAAACUGACAAGCAUGCACUUUUAUGCAUGGAAGAAAGGGUUGAAAACAGGCAUAUAUUAUUUGCGAACCCAAGCUGCCGCAUCUGCUAUCAAAUUCACUGUCACCCCCUCUAGGUUCAAAAGAAGUAUCUCAGAGUCUAGGGAUACUACCAAAAGACGCAAAUCGAACGGGAACGAGGUCACCGAAGGUUACAACAUUUAUGAUAAAGAUAAUGUUCUUGCUUGCAAGGUUGGAGAUCCAGAGACUUGCGACGCUUGCUCGAGUUAA